ACACAAAUAGCAAACAUAAUCCCAAAGCAGAAACAAACACACAGAUCUCCAAAAUUGCACCCCAUGAAUAUGAAUUUCCGGCAGCAAACCAUCAUAAACAACACAAAUCUCCCAACACCAAAACCCGUCUAAAAAGUUUGAGCAAUUAUCACAAAAAUCCCAAACUAACCAUUAUAGCAGAUUAUCAAAACAAUCACCGGCAACCGAUUCUCAGAAUCAAACUCAUCAUGAACACCAUAACACAGAUUUCCAGAUUUGAACCCCCUAAAAUGAUCACAAAAAGCCAGAAUUCCCCAAUGGUAGAAACCUACCCUAAAUUACCCCCAAAUCGAGAUACAUCAUAACCUAAUUCCAUAAACACCUCAUUUAACACUAUUUAUUACUACUUAUAUGUUACAUCUUACAUAUAGUGUGCCUUUAUUGUAAUCCCUUUCAUUCUUAGUCAUAUUGUCUUUAAAGACAAACUCUGUUUACCCAUCAUUUCCAUAUGCAUAGCAACGACAUCAUUUAUAGCAUAUAGCACAAAUGAUUGAAACCAUCAAAACUUCACUCAAUAAAAGGCUAUAAUUAAGCUAGACAAGCAAGACUCGAUUUUGUUUCAAGGGAAAUCCCUCUAAUCUAUUCAUAAUCACACGUCCAUACACAAAACUCAGAUUUGCAACACCAUUUGUCAAAACUAUCAAAGUCCCAGAGUUAAACCAUUCUCACCACAAUUUCCAGAUUUAGACCAUCCACAAACCAUAAAUCUGACCUAGAUCCCCCCAAAUACAACAAAGAAUACCGAAACCAAACUAUAUCCAACGAAUUUAUAUGCCAAAUUACCACACUAACACAACCAAACCCUUCCAAACUACGUUAAACACUAACUCAAUACAAAACUAAAGCUUUAAUCAUCAGACACAUAAUUCUAGAUUACAAACAAACUUUAAUUUCUAAACCCAUACACAGGUUAAAAUAAAAAAAACCUAGAACAGAUUUCCGAAUUCAUCACAUACACACAUAAGCUUAGUCUUAAAACCCAGUCAUACAUACAAAUCCCCAGUUUCAAUACCAAUUUUGAACAACCACAAUUUUCCAGAAUUCAUACUCAAUCAUCUCAAACCAAAAUUUCUAGAAUUAAAACCAGCAAAACAAAAUUUCUAGAUUCGGGCCCAAAAUCUUACUUACCUGCCAUGUCUGUCGUCGGCAACACUGUCAGUGCUCAUCGGUGGUGACCCUCUUUCUUUCCAGUCAUGCUCUCUUUCCACCCUCUGCCAAAAUGGAAGAAACCAAAAAAUACAAUCAGAACCCUAAACAACCCCUAAAUCCAAAGAAAAUCAAAAUCAAACCCCUUAAAAUCGACAAAUUUGAGACUGUGAAGUCUAGAACCAGAGACCCUGUCAUCACUAAUAGCUUCAGGUCAGGGCAACCAACCACUAAGCUAUGCUAUCAUACUUGGAACUUUGAUCUCCUCAUCUACUCUUCUUCGUGUUUAACGUUAAUAAAUAAUAUUCGUGUCAUCUAAUCGUCCUAGGAUUUUUGCUUUAGCUAAAUUAUGUAUACCUCUAAACAUUUCAAGAUAUUAAAAACCUUCGUUACCACAUUCGCUUUGGCUUCAUUAUUCAUACCCAUGCUCGUUUUACUUAGAAAAUAUCUUAAUACGAAAUCAUGAUAAAUAAACCAUAAUAGUUACUCUCGGUGGAAUCAUUUGAAAGAUGGUUUUACCAUUCAACUACUAAGUUGAAACAUCAUAAAUACAUUACCUAAUAACUCAAAUUAUCAUCUUAGCAUAGCCACAAUCAAUAGAACGUGUUAAGAACGCUAACAUUUCAAAUCACUCAUUUUAAAACUUAAACACAUCGAACUACGUGGACUUUGAUCCCGACUACUCGGGUACGUAGGCAACCAAUAGGUUCGAGUCAAGCUAAAACAUUUUCUUCACAUUUCAACGUGUGAGACUCAACAUUUAAAACUCACAAUUACAACGAACUACGUGGACUUUGAUCCCGACUAAGUCGGGUACGUAGGCAACCAAUAGGUUUGAGUCCAACCAAUCUAAAAAAUAUUUUUACGUCAAUAGGCGUGAAAAUUAUCAAGUAACUACAACAAUUCAAAAUUUACGUCCAAUUGAACUCUAUAAAUACACCCCAAAAUUAUUAAAAUCCUACAAUUAAAUACACAAACAAAUCACAAUUAACAUUACACCCAAUCUCUAAAAACUUGUCGAUUUACGUAGUACCCGUUAUGGGGCGUUGUGGGGUGUGAAUACACUUUCCCACACGUAACCGUACUCCCGAACCUAUAACAAUCUAAAAUUCGCAGACCAGAAUUCUGGUUUUAACAAAAAAAAAUCAGAAAAGGGUGUUCGACCCACCCCAAAGCACGGUCGAUGGUGACUCCAAAUCGAUUCGCGACGGAUCUCCCGAUCUCGAGGGACGAUUGCGACAGUGGCGACUCCGCUGGGGAAGUACUAGAGUCAAACUACAUUAAUCGUCGAUAAAUUUUUCCUACUUUCUUAUAAUGGGUGUUAUGUGUUUAUUACAUCAAUUUGCGCUUUAAAUUUGUUAUGUAUUUCAAUUUUUUGCAUCCAUGCAUAAAGCUCUAUUCCCGAGAGGUCCUUAUAGCAAAAAGGGAAGAAAGUAGUGUGACUCCAACAAUAGUAGGGGAAAUGCGAAAACUUCCCAACCAAGUUGAACUCAAAUCCGAGGUUGAUUUGGGGUAUCAUGCUAAAACUUGAAAGGGUUAUAGUGCGGUACAACUUGGGAGCCUGAUUCCUUAAGAUCCCUAUCCAGCAUAUAGUUUUCCUAGAAACUACCUAAACGGGAACUUAUCCCAGAGCCUACCCAAAAUACACAAUGUUAUGCUGCCGAAAUACCUUAGGUUUACCUCAAUAAGGCAAAGUUUGUGAAAGAAUUUAUCUUAUGAUCAGUUCUUGUCUUGUUUAUAUGUGGAAUGUGUGUUUUGCAAAACAUUCGUGAAUGACAGUAAUUUAUUUGUAUGUGUGAAAAAAUUUAAACUCAUUACACCAUCAUUUCUUCAUUCAUUCAUAUUAAUCAUGUUACAAAGUACAUAUGCAUCCACUGAAAAAUACGUCGCAUUUACAAUCCUAUUAGUGAGCAUAACCAUCAUGCAUUCAUCUCAUUUAGAACCAUGAAACGACUUAACAAAAUUGGGAUUCUCUAAGGUUGCUCAUCCACGAGGAUAACGUCAAACCCUUAAGUACUCGACCGGAUCCAUGGCCGAGCUCACUAUGGAGUUAAUCCAGAAGGAAUUGGACGACAUCAAAAGAAGGGUGAUGGGACUCGGAAGGCAUGAAGGAAGAAGUUAGCAUGAUCUUGAGCAUAUUGACCAACAAGGAGAAGGCAGUAGAAGUCAAAGAUGGUGAUGUGUUACGCAAGGACGAAAACUUAUGCCAACCACACGGUGAAGGAACAUCCAGUAACAAGUUUGACUCCAUAUCUUCGAAGAACAUGUAUGAUCAAGAAGAUCUUAAAGAAUCAAAACAAGAUAACUUACACGAUUUAAAUGAUUUGGAAGAGCAAGAGAUCAACACAACAUUGAAAGGCAAAGCGAGUGCAUGGGUGAGAAUAUAAAAGAAUUUGAAUCAUACGAGGCUAUGAAUGCAUCGCAUCCACAUGAAGUUCCAUACAUGGUGUUCCCCCAUGAAUUUCAAAUGCCAAAUUUCGAACAAUAUAAUGGCACCACUUGUCCUAGAAGUCAUUUGGUCAUGUAUCAUCAUGCAAUGGCCAACCAUACUCAAAACGAGAAGUUGAUGAUGAGAUGCUUCCAAUAUAGUCUAAGGGGUAUGGCCUUGGAAUGGUACCCCCAGCUCGAGAAAACUAAGGCCGGAACAUGGGGAGAUCUAGUUACUGAGUUUAUGAUGCACCAUAAGGCCCCUCAAACUCUGUCACCAAAUAGGGAAGACCUGCAAGAUAUGGAGAAGGAGGAGAAUGAAUCUUUCCAUGAGUAUGCUCAGAGGUGGAAAAAGAAAGCAAGUUGUAUUCAACCCCCACUACCAGAAGAAGAAAUGGUAUCAAUAUUCCUCGAUACAUUGAAGCCUCCAUUUUAUAACAACAUGUUGGGAGUUACAACAACUAGCUUCAAUGAUUUGUCGUUAAUUGGAGAACAAAUAGAGAAAGGAAUUAAACAAGGAAGGAUGGGAACUUCGGAUGCUCCUACGAGAUCAAGCCAUGACAAAAUGGAAAUGAAAGUCCAUUCAACCCAACGAGAAGCAAAAGAGAAGAUGUUAAAGUUCCAACCUCAAAACAAUCAAGCUCACUCGUAUGUCACAAACAAUAUACCGGCAAUGCAACAACCAAACUUCGCCCCACAACUAGGGAUCCAAAUUCCAUUGUUCGAGACCCCACUACCAAAUAAACAAAACCAAAACAGUGGUGGGAGAUGCAAAAAAAACCAUUCAAAUAAAUCCCAUUCCCAUUGCAUAUGCCGAGCUUUUUCCACAACUAGUCCAAAAGCAUUUGAUUGCUCCUAUACCAUGCCAACAAAUACAACCUCCUUACCCAAUUUGGUAUAAGCCAGAGCAACAUUGUGAGUACCACUCUGGAGUAGCGGGACACUCCACCGAGGAUUGUAGGAGACUGAAGAUAAAGGUGCAACAGAUGGUGAAUUUUGGUUGGUUGGAAUUUGAAGGAGAUACAAAUAAUCUCGGCAUCAACAACAACCUGUUGCCUAAUCAUGCAAGUCAGUAGGCUUACCACGAAACAAGACUCGAUUCGAUGAUGUUGUUGAUCCUCGUAAGCAAAUAAAUGUCGAGACACUUUAGCAUAUUCAAUAAAUGUACCAGCCUUUGCAUUCUUCAUGAAGAAUAAAAUGUCAUUUGCAUUUCCACUAAUUUGAAAUAUUGUGUGACUACUAUCGAUCUUGAUUUAGAAGUUUGCAUCAAUGAUCCUUCUCUUUACCAAAUGAUAAAAAUCUCUUCCAGAUCUUUAAAAUAAACUUUUCUUUUCUAAAACUGGGAUCCUUAAAAUUCAUUUCAUAUUUUUCAAGUUAAGCCAUGAGAUGUUCAUAUUAAGCAACCAUAAGCACCCCACUGGUGUCGAGUGAUUACAUUCUUCAGUAUAAAUUUUUUUGCGCCCCGCUAAUAAUCAAACUGUGCAUGCCCUACUGAUAUUGAGAGUUUGAACACCCCACUGGUGCAGAGUGAUUAUAAACACCCUAUUGGUUUAAUGAAUUUGAGCGCUUCGCUAAUGUUGAGAGUCUGCUCAGUUUACUAAACUUGAGAGUAUAAACACCCCUCUGGUGUCCAUAAAAAAUGCGAGCUAAAUAGUCAAAGGGUGUAACGAAGAUACGAUACCAGGCUACUUGUAGAAGCUUGUCACUACCAUAACCAAUCUCUACCAAAGUAGGACACAACUAGAUACAAGCUCGAGUAGUCAAACUAUUAUCCAUAACAAGCAAGAUGUCUACAUCGUAAUAGCCAUGUUCUCAUGAAACCCUCAUUGCUAGAAGGUUAGGGCACGCAUAAAACCCACACAAUCGGUUGAGGAAUAAGCACAAAAUGUUCCA